CCACACCAAGAAGCUAUAAAAGGUUCUGACGUCCUCCCAGACCGCCGUAACAUGAGACUGUCUUCAUCAUCGACUCAAAGAAGAAGAAACAAAGAAAACCAGAGAUGGAACUAAAUGUGGUGAAAUGGAAACCAUUUGCUGCUUGUCUGCUUCUGCUCAGCGUGUUCUGCAUCAACCCUGCAGCUGUCAAUCUGAAAGAACAACUAGUUGAUUGUUUCAAGGACAGUGAUUAUGAUGAACUGCUGCAGACGGUGCAGAAAGGCCUCCCACACUUGAACUCAUCCCAUCAUGUUGUUAUUGUUGGAGCGGGUGCGGCAGGACUGACGGCUUCCAAAUUACUGCAAGACGCAGGACACAAGGUGACUGUAUUAGAGGCCAGCGGUCGUGUUGGAGGACGGGUAGAGACCUACAGGAACGAAAAAGAGGGCUGGUUUGCUGAACUGGGAGCCAUGAGGAUACCUAGUUUUCACCUUAUCAUCCGCUGGUUUGCUAAUGAACUCGGCGUGAAGCUGAAUACAUUUGUCAUGGAUGACAUAAACACUUUUUACCGGGUCAAAGGGCUGCGAAAGAAGAAUUAUGCCGUGAAAGCAAACCCUGACAUCCUGAAGUAUAAAUUGCCAAAAAGUGAGAGGGGCAAGUCAGCGGACCAGCUGCUACAGCAAGCUUUAGAUAAGGUGAAAGAAGAGGUGGAGGCACAUGGCUGCAAAGCUGCACUACAGAAAUACGAUCACUAUUCUGUAAAGGAGUAUCUGAAAGAAGAAGGUGGGUUAAGUCCAGAGGCGGUGCAAAUGAUUGGAGACUUGCUCAAUGAACAGAGUCUUAUGCAUCUGGCCUUAACUGAGAUACUCUACCUCCAGAGAGACGUCAGUGACAGUACCACGUACGAUGAAGUCACUGGUGGGUCAGAUCUCUUAACUACAGCUUUCCUCACUGUUCUUGAUGUCCCUAUUCACCUUAACUCCAAGGUCAAACACAUACAUCAGUCAAAAAAGGGAGUUACUGUUUCCUAUCAGAAAGGCAACCAGUCAUCUUUGACAGAAAUACCCGCUGACAUUGUCCUGGUAACUACCACAGCCAAAGCCGCCCUCUUCCUGGACUUUGAUCCAUCACUCUCCGCUAAAAAAAUGGAGGCCCUGAGGGGGAUCCACUAUGAGAGCUCCACUAAAAUCAUCCUCACCUUCAGCAAGAAGUUCUGGGAGGAGGACGGUAUACAAGGAGGGAAGAGCAUCACAGAUGGACCCUCUCGUUACAUCUACUACCCCAGCCACAGUUUCCCAACAAAUAAGACCGUCGGCGUCCUCCUGGCUUCCUACACCUGGUCUGAUGACUCCCUCCUCUUUUUAGGAGCAAAUGAUGAAGACCUGAAAGAUCUGGCUCUGAGAGAUUUGGAAAAGAUCCACGGCAAACAUGUCAGGUCUCUGUGCACAGGUGUGGUUGUGAAGAGGUGGAGUGAAGAUCCUUACAGUUUGGGUGCCUUUGCCCUCUUUACACCCUAUCAGCAUUUAGAGUACUCUAAAGAGCUCUUCAGAAGUGAAGGCAGGGUGCACUUUGCUGGUGAGCAUACAGCUUUUCCUCAUGCUUGGAUUGAGACAUCUAUGAAGUCUGCUAUAAGGGCUGCUAGUAACAUCAACAAAGUGGUGAACAAACACUCAACUGAAAGUCAACAAAGAGAAGAGCUCUAGGGUCUUAAAUUGGCCUUUUUAUUAGUGGUUUUAAGGAGGAGGCUAACUAUGAUUCCCUCUUUUACCAUGAUUCUUGUUUGGUCAAACUGAUGUAUUUCAUAGGGUUAGAUAUUGUCAGGAAUCCGGUAACUCUUGUUUAAGAACAGGUUUUAGCUACGACUAUUGCUUACACCAAUGCAUGUUUUUAUGACUAAUGUUCAUCCUGUUUUUCUAAACGUUUAGCAUUUAAACGUUUAGAAAAACACCUCUAAUCUGCACCUAUGGAGAAAGGGCCUUCAGCGACACAGCCCCCCAACCUCUGGACCACCCUCCACUCAGACAUCCACAAUGCUACAUUUUUGGACUCAUUUAAUAAACUUGGAAAACACCAUCUGUUCUCCACAGCCUACAACCUCCCUGAACACUGCGUCUCGAUCCUUUGUUACCGGUCUCACUUUGGUUUUUCUUGUAUUUUUUCUUGUAUUUUUCUUGUACUCUACUUUGUAAAGUGCCCCCUAAAAGGUGCUAUAUAAAUUCAACUCAUUAUUAUCAUAUUAGUAUGGAAGCCCAUUUCCGCCAGUUAAAAAAAUAAAAAUGAAACCUUG